CUCCACUCUCCACUCUUUUUGGCGCCUCUACAAAUCUUCUUCAAAUUUCCCAAAUUCCCUCCACCAUUUUUGCUUCAACUCACUUCCUCAGUACAAUUUUCCAUAGUUCUUCUGGUUCUGGGUAGUGGGUCGGAAUUGCAUUGAACAGAUUCUUUCAUUUGUUGGUCGAUUGCUCAGUAUCUGAUCAUGGAGCGCCAAAGAAACCAGAAGCCCUCUGAAGAACAAGAGGAAGCCGAUGAAAUUCAGCAUGGCCCUUUUCCCGUUGAGCAGCUUCAGGCAUCGGGAAUUGCUGCAAUGGACGUAAAGAAGCUUAAAGAUGCCGGUUUGUGUACUGUUGAGUCUGUUGCAUACUCUCCCAGGAAAGAACUGCUUCAAAUCAAAGGCAUAAGUGAAGCUAAAGUUGAUAAAAUUAUUGAAGCAGCUUCCAAGAUUGUGCCAUUGGGUUUCACAAGCGCUGGCCAACUUCAUGCUCAGAGGCUAGAGAUUAUUCAAUUAACAUCUGGGUCAAGGGAGCUUGACAAGAUUCUGGAAGGGGGAAUUGAGACAGGAUCCAUAACUGAGAUCUAUGGGGAGUUCCGUUCUGGCAAAACACAGCUUUGUCACACACUUUGCGUUACCUGCCAACUCCCAUUGGAUCAAGGUGGUGGAGAGGGAAAGGCGAUGUAUAUUGAUGCUGAGGGAACAUUUAGACCGCAGAGGCUCUUACAGAUUGCAGAUAGAUUUGGACUCAAUGGUGCUGAUGUCUUGGAGAAUGUGGCCUAUGCUAGAGCUUAUAACACUGAUCAUCAAUCAAGGCUUUUACUGGAAGCUGCUUCAAUGAUGGUGGAAACAAGGUUUGCUCUCAUGAUAGUCGACAGUGCCACUGCUCUCUACAGAACAGAUUUCUCAGGAAGGGGAGAACUUUCGGCCCGGCAAAUGCAUCUAGCAAAGUUCUUAAGAAGUCUCCAAAAGUUGGCAGAUGAGUUUGGUGUGGCUGUGGUCAUUACAAAUCAAGUGGUUGCACAGGUAGAUGGUUCAGCAAUCUUUGCAGGUCCUCAAAUUAAGCCCAUUGGUGGAAACAUCAUGGCACAUGCCUCUACAACAAGGCUUGCGCUACGUAAAGGACGAGGGGAGGAGCGGAUUUGUAAGGUGAUAAGUUCUCCAUGUUUAGCUGAGGCUGAAGCACGGUUCCAAAUUUCAGCUGAAGGGGUCACUGAUGUCAAAGAUUGAGGAUGUGUAAUUUUUCCUUUUUGACGUGGGCUUCCAUGUGUAUAGGCUCAUUUGGGGGCUUUGUUCAUUACAAACAUGUUUGCCCCAAGCAAUUAAUCUGCAAGGAAAUGGCUUUUGUUUCCCUUUCUCAUCAAUCAUCAUGUCCAUUGCAAUGUAGGCAAAUCUCUUGUUAAAUCCUUAAGCCCAUAUAUUAUUUAUUUCAUUAUAAUUUACUUUGUUA